UGUCUACUAUGGGGCACUCGAGUGGUCAUUCCGACCUCGCUGCGUACCCGAGUCCUGGAGGCGUUGCACGAAGGACACCCUGGCAUCGUGAGAAUGAAAGCAUUAGCACGCAGCUACGUGUGGUGGCCGGGUCUAGACGAGGACAUUGUCAAUUGGGUAAGUUCCUGCAACAUCUGUCAGGAAUCCCGUCCUGCUCCCCCCAUUGCCACCCCUACCAGAUGGGAGAGCGCCAGCGGCCCUUGGUCUAGAAUCCAUAUCGAUCUGGCCGGCCCCUUGCAUGGGAAGAUGUUCCUAGUGGUCGUGGACGCUUAUUCCAAAUGGAUUGAUGUAGCACAGCUAUCCACGACCACCACACUAGCAAUCACCAACGUGUUAACGCGCCUGUUCGUUACGCACGGACUACCCGACUCCAUCGUCUCCGAUAAUGGCCCACAGUUUGCAUCAAUAGAGUUCAGCCGUUUUGCUGCCAACCUGGGCAUCCGCCACAUUUUCACAGCCCCAUUUCACCCUGCCAGUAAUGGGUUGGCGGAAAGAGCCGUCAGGACCACCAAAGAAGCCCUCGCCAGGUUCAGCAGGGAUGACUGGCACCACAAACUCUCACGGUUCCUAAUGAGCCAGCACUCAACCCCCUGUUCAGUCACCAAUAAGUCCCCAGCAGAGCUCCUGAUGGGCCGGUGCCUGAGGACUGUAUUGGACAGACUU